AUGGCCGCCCUUACGACUGACUUGUCUCCUCCCUCAGGGGCCCCAAAUAACCGCCCCACUGGCGGUGCACCAAGCAACCUGACCUGCCCUCCAGAAGACCUGGACGGCGACACGCUGCUGCCUGACCUAGGCUUGCCUGUGGCCGCAGGUCAGGGGCUGCUUGUGUGUAGCUACGGUGGCAGCCUCCUCCUACCGGAAACAACCUGUUUAUAUGACGCUCACGGCAAACUCGUACCUGCCAGUGUCCCGCUCCCAUCAUCGUGUGUUCGUCGUCUUUCGGACAACAGUGACACUGGCAGCAGCUCGAUUGCAUCCACUGCGUCUGCGACACCUGUAGACUCCCCUUCAGCCAGCACCUCGCGGCAGAUCAUCUCAACACCCACCGGGACAUCCGCGCCAGCCACGCAAACACCGUUGUCCGGUACUACCGGCCUGGGCCAGGGAGGUGGUCAACAGACAAACCCUGCUGCCGGUGUAGGAGGCCAGGACGCGACCGACGGGCACAUAAACCACGUAUUCACGACGACGAUAACCGCCGCAGAUGGCUCCGAAACGACAGGCAACAUCUCCGCGAGCGCGGUCGUGCACAAGGUCCCGACCAGCUCGAUCGUUGGUGGGAUCAUCGGCGUAUCAGCGCUUAUCGCCGUGCUCGUGUGGCUGUUCCGGCGCUGGCGCGCAAACGUCCGCCGAAAGAGGGAGGAGCAGGAGGAGUGGGAUACACUGAAUGGGAAUGUGUUCAAGGACCACCGUGACUGGCUCGGGCGCGAGCAGAGGGCGUUGGUGGAGGACCGGGACGGGGAGUAG